AUGUCCGGAUCAAAUCCUUUUCGCGUUAGAAAUCUAGGCAAUCCCACAGAUUCAACAGUAUUGCCUAGCAAGAGCAGUAUUGUUCCUGUCUUGCCCUCCCAGCCUCUAUCCGCUCCACCCCUAACCCCGAGCGGCUACCCCGGGAAGUCCUCGAUCUCCCUCGAACGCGCGCUGAAUGACUCGAGCUCCUCGGACGAAGAGGCAAACCCCUUCAAUCCAGACUUAUCUGCAACCGACAGUGAGGACCAAAUCACAAAGUCUGAGAGUUCGGCUUCUCGCGAGAAUGAUCGACCACGGCCAUCUUUUGGGUCAGCUCCACAUCGAGCUCCAUCAACAGAUGGAUCCUCUAUAUCAACCGACCACAACUUGCGGUCCGCAACAGGAGGUUUAGAAAGCCCUGAGCACAUAACACGCGCUACGUCACAGCCAUCCUCAGAGUUUGACGUAACCAUCUCUCUGGGCAGAGCAAAAGACAAGAAGCCGCCGCCUCCUCCCAAGAGCCAUCACGGCCGAAGAAUCGGCUCUACAGCUACCGCAGAACCCCCCCAGGCGGCCCGGUCCCGCUCUAAUAAUCGCCUGUCUAUUCAUAGCUCUCCUGGGAAUGUGACGCCCGGCGCUUUGCAUCCUAGCUCAGUGUCUCUGCCGGCAGCCGCGGACUACUUCUUGGCUCCAACAGAAGAUCAGAGAGCGACGGGGUCAACAGACUCGCUUCAGCGCAGCCAGUCUCAGCAUAAGCGACCUCCGACACCCCCUCUCAGUCGACGACACAGCCAGAUGCGGCGAUCUAAGUCUACUCAGUCCAAACCUAGCAGCCGAUUGAGCAUGUCGUAUGAUUCGGAGAGCAAUGAUAGCUCCCGACCUCCUAGUCCUGGUCCUUCCAGCCGAACCCUUGAAAGAAAGAGGAUUAGCAUGCCUCCGCCGGCAUCGGGGGACUUCCAUGGGAUGUCACCAUUGGGAGAUGUUUCAUUGAACCUGUCUCCCACAACUGACUCCAGACCAUCAUCACUGAAGGCUGGGCGACGUGUGUCGUCUUAUGGGAGUGUACCUGCCAGCUCUGGACCGCCUCCACCGCCACCGCCUCGACGAACUCGAGACUCCAUUGCACGCAGUAGUGAUCUGAUGGGCUCGAAAGAGAACCAGACACCAUCCCCACAACCAUCCAAUGCCCUUGAUAUCCUAGCGGAUCUCACGAGACUGCAGAAAGAGGUGGAUGACCUUCGUGGACAUUAUGAGAAUCGGAAAAUUGGCUAG